CUAGUAGCGGGAGGAGUAAAGAUGGCGGUGCGGGGGUCUCCGCCUUCUGCUCCCGGCUAAAGCGCUCUGAGGGAAGCGGCAGCGGCAACUGGGGCAGCAGUAGCAAUCCAGUGGUGGUAGUUUCAGCAGUGGCUGCUGAGGCCGGAGCAAUGGCGGAGCUGGAGCACCUGGGCGGGAAGCGGGCGGAGUCGGCGCGAAUGCGGCGGGCUGAGCAGCUUCGGCGCUGGCGGGGCUCGCUGACAGAGCAGGAACCCGCGGAGCGACGAGGCACCGGGCGGCAGCCGCAGACUCGUCGCGGGAGCCCAAGAGUCCGCUUCGAGGACGGCGCUGUCUUCCUGGCCGCUUGCUCUAGCGGGGACACCGACGAGGUGAAAAAGCUUCUGGCGAGAGGUGCAGACAUCAACACGGUCAACGUGGACGGUUUGACAGCCCUGCACCAGGCCUGUAUUGAUGAAAAUUUGGACAUGGUGAAGUUUCUGGUGGAAAACAGAGCCAAUGUAAACCAGCAGGACAACGAGGGCUGGACCCCCCUUCAUGCAGCGGCCUCGUGUGGCUAUCUCAACAUAGCAGAAUAUUUCAUUAACCAUGGAGCCAGUGUGGGUAUUGUGAAUAGUGAAGGUGAAGUCCCCUCUGACCUUGCAGAAGAGCCUGCCAUGAAGGAUCUUCUUCUGGAACAAGUGAAGAAGCAAGGAGUUGACCUAGAGCAGUCAAGAAAAGAAGAAGAACAACAGAUGCUACAGGAUGCCCGCCAGUGGCUCAACAGUGGGAAAAUAGAGGACGUAAGGCAGCCUCGUUCCGGGGCCACUGCCCUCCAUGUGGCGGCUGCCAAGGGCUACUCUGAGGUCCUCAGACUCUUAAUCCAGGCUGGCUAUGAACUCAAUGUUCAGGAUUAUGAUGGUUGGACCCCCCUCCAUGCUGCUGCACACUGGGGUGUGAAGGAAGCUUGCUCCAUCCUGGCAGAAGCACUCUGUGAUAUGGAUAUCAGGAACAAACUGGGCCAGACACCUUUUGAUGUGGCUGAUGAGGGUCUUGUGGAGCACUUGGAGAUGCUCCAGAAGAAGCAGAAUGUGCUUCGUAGUGAAAAAGAGACACGGAAUAAGCUCAUUGAGUCAGACCUGAACAGCAAGUUGCAGAGUGGACUCUUUAAGAACAAAGAGAAGAUGCUGUAUGAAGAAGAGAUACCCAAGUCCCAAGAAAUGGAGGAAGAAAACAAAGAGUCCAGCAGCUCCAGCUCGGAGGAGGAGGAAGGUGAAGAUGAAGCUUCAGAGUCAGAAACCGAGAAGGAAGCAGAUAAAAAGCCAGAAGCUAUUGACAACCAUUCCAACUCUGAAAGCAAGAGUAUUAUUACGGAACAGAUACCACCACCAGCUCAGAAUACCUUCUCUGCCUCUUCAGCUAGGAGAUUCUCCUCCAGCCUUUUUAACAAGCCCGAAGAGCCCAAAGAUGAAUCUCCUUCUUCGUGGAGACUGGGACUCAGGAAAACUGGCAGCCACAACACGCUGAGUGAGGUGGCCAAUUCCAGAGAAGCCCAAAGGGACCGAGGCUCUUCCAUCUACCGGUCAUCAUCAAGCCCUCGGAUUUCUGCUCUGCUGGACAACAAAGAGAAGGAGAGAGAAAACAAGAGCUAUUUUAGUUCACUAGCACCCCGGAGGCUCAGCAGCACAAGUGACAUUGAAGAAAAGGAGAACAGAGAAUCAGCUGUCAAUCUAGUGAGGAGUGGCUCCUAUACUCGGCAGCUGUGGAGGGAUGAAGCAAAAGGAAGGGAAACUCCUCAGACAGUUCCUCCUUCUACCUAUGUAUCAACCUACUUGAAAAGUGCUUCCUUUGGUAGAAGUAGUGACCCCACAAGUCCCUACAUUUCAGCCAAUCGCAAUUCAUCUCCUGCUACCUCACCCAUUACCAUUGGUUCAUCUACCUCUCAGGGCAGCAAGUGGCAGCCUGCCUCUUCUUGCCCUGCACCAAUCAGUGCAAACACUACUGCAUCCGUACACCAUGGCAGGACUCCUUACAAAUCGCAGGCUGACUCAACAGCAGAGAAAACAGCAGACAAUGUCUCUUCUAGCACCCCGCUCUGUGUGAUCACUAAUCGCCCUCCACCUAACACUGCCAAUGGGGUUACAACUGCCACUCUGCUCUCCACUCCUGGAACAGACUCCUCCGUGGAAGCCAGGGAGAAGAGGAGGUCAUAUCUGACUCCUGUACGGGAUGAGGAAGCAGAAUCUUUACGAAAAGCGCGUUCCAGACAAGCUCGGCAGACUCGAAGGUCUACUCAAGGUGUGACACUAACAGACCUUCAAGAAGCAGAAAGGACAUUCAGCCGGUCGAGGGCAGAACGGCAAGCACAGGAGCAGCCUAGCCAGAAGCCCGCGGUCCCCGAAGGGCUUGAGGGAAGCCCAGAGAAGCAUGAGCCCUCAGCAAUCCCGGCGAAGGAAGCUGGCGAGGGCUGUCAACCCUGGGGCGGGAGUCUGGAUGAGGAGCCUGUCUAUCGUCGUCUGAGGUAUUCGGCACAGCCGGACAAACCCACAACACCAGUGUCUCCUUCUGCAUCAAGACCCACUCUCUACACCAGUUCCCAUCUGCUGCGGACAAGCAGAUCUUCGGUCCCUGAAUCCGAGAGUUCAGAGACCAGCACAAACGCCGCAAUUGCAAAGGAAAUGGACAAAAAUGAGAGUGAAGAUGCAGAUGUGGAUGAUCAGUCCUCUAAUAGGCUGUCCAUCCGUGAGAGGAGGAGGCCCAAGGAGCGGCGAAGAGGCACAGGCAUCAAUUUCUGGACAAAGGAUGAAGAUGUAACUGACGUCUCUGAAGAGGUAAAAGCAGCCCUGCAUGAAAGACUUUCUAGGUUGGAAUCAGGAGGUAGCAACCCUACCAGCAGCGAUUCUUACGGUGACCGUGACAGGGCCUCAGCAAGAGCCCGCCGGGAGGCGCGGGAGGCCCGCCUCGCCAGCCUGACCAGCCGUGCGGAAGAGGACAGCAACAGGGAUUAUAAAAAACUCUACGAGAGUGCCCUAACGGAAAACCAAAAACUGAAAACAAAACUUCAAGAGGCCCAGCUAGAGCUAGCAGAUAUAAAGUCCAAGCUUGAGAAGAUGGCCCAGCAGAAACAAGAAAAGACCUCUGACCGAUCGUCGAUGCUGGAGAUGGAGAAACGGGAGAGGCGAGCCUUGGAGCGGAAAAUGUCCGAGAUGGAGGAGGAGAUGAAGGUGUUAACAGAACUGAAAUCCGACAACCAGAGGCUGAAAGAUGAAAAUGGUGCCCUCAUCAGAGUCAUCAGCAAACUGUCCAAAUAGACUAGGCUGCAGAUUUAGGAGGGAUAGGACAGCAUUUGCUGCUCCCAUGCCUCUUUUCCAACCAUUGUCUUCCAGCCAAAAGAACUGAGUGUUUUGGUGGAAGGACAACUUCUUUCUGCCCCUUUUCUAGUCACCUUCUCUGCACUGUACAUUUCCUCUGCACUCUCAGUGCCCUGUUCCUCCUAUACCCCCACCCCCUGAGUUUUAUGACAGUUUUAAUUGAAGCAUGAUUGUGAUAAUUGGAGCCAUUUGAGCCAUCUGGAGAAGGCCUUGAGGAGCACACCAGGCUCAGCCGUGGACCCAACUUCCUGCUGCUCAGCUACUUGUCCACAUUGGAUUUGGUCCAAACAUGUAAGGCCUCUACCCAGACCAGUACCCCACAGCCUUUUAUGGUGACCCAGUGUCCUCUGAUGUAGGUGGGUCUUGUGGUGGCCACUCCAGGAUCCUGUUUGGGAUGCCAAGAGAAACAGGGUGUUGGCAUAAUCAUCCGACAGCCUCCGGAGCUGUGUUUCCAUUAAGAUUCCAAGGUGACUGUG